AUGCUGAUAAAUGCGUACAUGGAUAUUAAGAGAAAACAUAUAAAUUUCGUGUUUAAAAAUGUGAAUUCCUCGGUAAAAGAUUACAAUUUCAAAAGACCAUACUUUGCGGAAAGGUGCACAUUUUCCAAAUUCUCAAACCAUGGAGACGUUAAGGUAAAAAGUAGUAGCAUCCCCUUCAGCACAAAGAUGCAAUUAAGCCAAUUUAAGACCCCCAAAUUAAGAACCGAAUUCGAAAAUGCUAGUGAAAAGAUAAUCCACACAGUAAGUAGCUACUUAAAAGGGGAUACAAUGAUCAGAGCGAACGCAAUUGGUAAAAGCAACUACGCGCAUGACGGGAUGCGUAACGGUACCGUCAGGGCAGGUGUGAACGCACGCAAAUUCAGCACUCAAACCACAACAACGCAGGGACGUCUAAUCACGCAAGAAAAUUCAAGCAGUAUUAUGACCUUACGGGGGAAGAACAGAUAUUUCCAAAUUGAAGUGCGAAAAAAUGUACACACGGGGAAAAACCAGAACGAUGGGAAAAGCUGCGAAAGAACCGGCAGUGUUAGUACCACCACCAGCGAAGCCACCGCAGGGGAAAAAAGCAACACAAUGGAUCUACCCACCAGUGGAAACGCAGACAACAUUCAUAGUUGUGCAAAAAAUGGGAAAGUUCCAAAGGGAAUUAUAUCCCGUUACACCAGAAGAAUGUCACAAAUAAUGAACAACCUAUUCGAAAAACACCUCCUAUUAAUGAACAGCCUAAUAGCGGGUACGUUAUAUUUCAUAGCGGACAUAGCCUGUCAAAUGAUGGAAUUACAUAAAAAGGAGAAUCAAUAUGAUUUUCUUAGAACGCUCAGAAUGGCCACUAUUGGAUUAACCCUAGAAGGACCAAUCAUGACAUGGUGGUAUGGGAAAAUUUUAGCAAAUUUUAUAAAGUCCAAACCGAACACUUUUUUGUACAAAUCUUUUAUACCUACCUUGUUUGAUAAUUUUAUUUUUGGACCUAUCCACUUAACAAUUUUUUUUUUUUAUAAUGGUAUGUUAAAAAAUCAAAAGAGGUCCGAAAUUAUUGACAAAAUUGUGAAUACUGGGAUGAAGGUUUUCUUCAUUUCUUUGAUGACAUGGACACCAUUAACUUUAAUUAAUUUUGUUUUUGUUCCGAGGAUUUAUCAAGCCACGGUCGUUUUUUUCGCAGACUUUUUUUGGGUCAUCUUCCUCUCGUGGUGCGCCAACAAAAGUUGA